AUGCGCACAUCCCUUGCCAUCCGCACGUCGCGGAACCGGCCAGUUUCACCCGCACAGUCGAGCCCGGGAACCGCAACAAAAUCAGCAUCAAGCGAAAAUGCAUCAUCACCAGAUCUCGAGCCGGGUGUGCACGACAUCGUGUUCCCCAAGGUUUUCGAGGAGGCGUGGGGUACCGGUAGUCUAGAUAACCGGACCGACCUGGAGCGGACUCGCAUCUUUUUGGUCCGUUUUGCCAACAUGAGCGGCGACCCAGCCUUGACAGUAUCGUUGCGGGCCAUCGCAGCGGACCAGGCAUACAGGACGAUUGCAGAUCUCGCAGAAGCAGUUCAGCAACGCUUCCUUGGUACUAGACACGACUCUUUCAAAGCGACGCCAUUGCUGCAGGCCGUCCGCUUCAUUCUUAUCAAGGGCAGCGUGGUAAAGAUUGCUUCUGGCAACGUCCACGGCGCCGUGCAAGUGGUUUCCCCGGCCGAUCGGGCACAGGCACGCGCACUACUCGAUUUCUUCUUUGACCCCGUAUUGGAGAGGAACGUUCAACCUACUCCCGUCGGCGGCUCACGAUACCAUUACCCAGCUGCACGAUUAAAAGUCGCCAUUGUCGGUGGUGGCCCGACAGCCCUUGCAUCCGCCAUCUCCCUUGCCGAAAAAGGCCGCGGCCGGGUCGAGGUGCACCUAUGGGAAAGGAGGUGGGUGGAGACGACGACACCCGACGGCAGGCCCUGGAUCGAUUAUCCACCCACAGCCAAGCGGCGAGACCAAGUCGUGACGUUGCAAGAGUCGGUGACUCGGCUACUCAGCCCCGGGUCAUUGCAAGCACUAUUUGAAGGACGGCCCGAGGCGGUCUGGCCCGGUUCGGCCAACAUACAGAUCCGCAAGGUCGAGGACCGAUUCUUGAGGCGCUGUCAGUCUCACGAGUUUGCUGGGUUGAUUCACUUGCAUGCUCAGGGAGUCACGCGCGACGAUCUCAACAGUGGGAGACUGGGCGACUUUCACGUUCUGUUGGGGGCAGAUGGUGCUGCUUCGUGGGUGCGCAAGACAUAUUUUCACGGCUAUGAGCACGAACGUGGUCGAAGUUAUGCACUAGGACUGGCUUUCAAUCGGCCAGCUGGUCUGCCCUGGUCGCAACCCCUUAAUGUCUUUUUGACCCUGGGUCAGACCAGAUACCUGCUAAACGCAUCACAUUUCGACGGCAGGGGUUAUCUCAACAUGCAGCUGACUGAAGAGGAAUGGCACAAGAUGUUGGCUGUCGAUGGUGAGCCCGUCACUUUUGGACACCCGGGUUGUCUUCGAGCGGCGGACGGUUCCAUUCCCGAAGGCUUCACAGAGGGGCAAGUCUUUGCCCCGUCCGAAGACAGAGAAUCUCCUCUAUGGAAGUCGAUCGAGGAUGGUCUCAAGCUAUUUGGAUUCAAGGAAAGUGAAGUCAUCAACGUUGUCCGAAUUCCCAUAGUCGUGCAGGCCGUCAGAGAAGGUGUGCAGUACCUCCCUCCCGAAGAGACAAAGUCAAUCAACCGCCCGCAUGCCCUGGUAGCAGUGGCUGGUGAUGCGGCCAUGACAGUGCAUUUCUGGCCCGGCAGAGGCCUAAACAGUGGCAUCAAAUCCGGCAUUGCUCUCGGUGACGAGAUUGUACACGCCCUCAACAUUGGCAAGUUCAUCGGCCUCCCGCUCGACGCCAUGAGCCAGUACAACGAUUUCAUCAUGAAGCUUCAGAACCGUGAGCACGACAAGCGGUCCAUCCCAAUUCUCAACCAGUCUGGUUCCCCAGAGAUGCUUGGCUGGUUGUUGGACAAGGCAAACUCGGUCCCAGAUGAGGUCGCCGUCGAGUGGCUGGUUGGCGCCAUGGCGCAGAUUGCCGAGCGUCUUGAACAGAGACCCGAUUGGGCCUUUCCUCCAGUCGCCAACGUGGAACCACAACUCCGUAUUGUUUUGCGGGGGCUCAACUCGCUGACUCUACGCGAAAUGGCAGUCAGCUUUCCCUGGCCGACGAGAGAAAUGGGAGGUGCCGAGGUGCUUCCCGUACGGUCGAUGCAGCCGGAAGAGAAGCAGCGGUGGCUGGCGUCGCUCUGGAACAUGUUGCGGGAUGAGAAGAAGAAGGAAAGAUCCUCACGUCCAGAAAGUACCGAAGCCAAGGCGGCGCGCUUCGAGGCCCCUCGCCAGGCCAGCUCCCGCCCGCCGUCCACCCUGUUCUCGCGACCAAACUCGCACAUACCCACGCCGCCCAUGUCUCCGCCUCUCAACGUGCCAGAUCGCGGUGGGCUAGGCGGGAUAGGGACGCUCCGUCGCAGCAACGCCAGGAGGAGCGUGCAGCUUUUCGACACGCCGGCAGGUCAAUCGCCGCCGGGUGAUGAGUACACCAUCGACGAUGCCGAGUCGUGGUACAGGCAGUCGAGGCUUUUGCAGACGCCCACUGGUGAAACCCUCUUGGGAUUGCCGGAUGAUGGCAUCAGCAUUAGGUCAAGGUCUCCUUCGCCGGGACCUCCACCGGCUGGUGAUGUUGGCCUGGGUAGGAUGUUGACUGUUCACCGGCGACCAAAAGGGGAUAUGUUGACGGAUGCGUUGUCGUUGGCGCUAUUCCGAGUGAGCUCUGCAGAGUAA